AUGUUUUGUGUUGGUUUUCGUCUCGGUACAAGUCGUUCAACAUUCGAUAAUGUAGUAGUCCGAAAUGAAUCAUACUCAUCAGAUAGUCAAAUCAAUGAACAAAUCAUCAAAAUCAAUCGCUCAUCACAAACACACCCGAUGAUUUUUAUUGGUGGUAUGCCACGAAGCGGUACAACACUUAUGCGAGUUAUUCUCGAUAGUCAUCCACAUAUUCAACUAAUGGCUAGUGGUGUCAAUGCAUCGCUACUUGAUUCAGCUAUUCGCUUGUUUAUCUACGAAAUACUUAUUCAUCAUAGUCACAAUGCUGAUGUAAUCUGUGACAAAGAUCCAUUUGUGCUGAUGUAUGCUGCAUAUAUAUCAUCCAUUUUUCCAACUUCGAAAUUCUUGUUACUUGUUCGUGAUGCUCGUGCUGUAGUCUAUUCAGUAAUGACCCGUGAAGUACCUGUUGACGGUUUUAAUUUAACGGAUUAUCGGCAAAAUUUCAAAUCCUGGAAUACACAAAUGGAGAUUCUGAUUGAUCAAUGCAUUGAAGUCGGUAAAAAGAAAUGUCUGAUUGUUAGAUAUGAACAAUUAGUACUUCAAUCGAAAAAAACUAUUGAAAGUAUAUUGAAAUUUCUCGGUUUGCCUUGGGUUGAUGAUGUGCUACAUCAUGAAAAAUUAGUCGGUAAGAAAAUCUCUGUUUCCAGAACAGAAUUCUCAUCGGAUCAAGUGAUUAAACCAAUUAAUGUCGAAGGAUUGACCAAAUGGGUUGGAAAUCUACCAAGUUAUAUCAAACAAGAAAUUAAUAGUCUUGCACCAAUGUUGAAAAAACUCGGUUACGAUACUGAAUCUGACAUUCCAUGGUAUGGAUUACCUGAUGAAUUGGUACUUAACAAUACCAAUGAAUUGAAGAGCAAUGCUGUCUAUUGGAAUGCUAAAGCUAAAGAUUAUGCUUAUCAGCCACCGAUUCCUUCAUUGGAAUCUUACAUUGUAGAAGGUUUUCGAAUGUUGUUAAAGUCACCUAUUUAUUUUAGGCGAAAGUUUUUAUACAUAUAG